AUGCAUCCUCGUCGUCGCGGAGGGGACAGACUCACAAUAAAACUCCCACCAGCAGGCCAUCGCCAACCGGAUGAUAAUAGCAUGCUGUCGCCCGCGAGUGGCUCAGAGUAUCACGACAGCAGCGAACCCGUCGAAAUGGACGUCAACCAGGAGGAACCAGAGGAACAACAACCAGAGCCUUUCACUCAGACAAGAGGUGGUCGUCGUAUCAAACGCCCUGACUACUACGAGUCGCAGUCGGAGCAGGACCCAAGCGACCUCUUCAACAACGACAACCACGUCAUAAACAACACUUCUCGACGCAGCAACCACCAGGAUGAUGACGAUGAGGAGGACCAACAACCUCGACGCUCUACACGCUCAAAGACAAGACGUGGGUCCGGGCUUGCUGAUUUCAUCGUUUCUGAUGAGGAAGAUUCCAAGAAAUACCGUCUCCGCGAGAGACGGAAACCACCUACGCCACCUCCUCCAAAGACGUCAAGCGGUCGUGUAAGCAGACAGCCCCAGCGCUUCAUCCAUUCCGUCGCCGCUCGAGGAGAACAACAGAAGCGCCCCACACGAAAGACACGGCGCACAGCAGCCGACCUCGACGACGGCUAUGUCGACCAAGGAACAGACGGCUCGUCCUCAGAGGCAUCUUUAGCCAACGCACCACGCACAUCCUCAGACGUUGAACUGGACCAAGACGCAGAGGGUGAACCAGACCCAGACGCCGAAGGCGAAGGCGAAGUGGAAGUGGAGCAAGAAGACGGCAGACCUUACGCGUUCCGUCGACGCACCAAGAUAAACUAUGCCGUGCCACCCCCUCUGGAAGAACUUAAAGCUCCUCCUCCUCCUAGGAAUCGUACAACGGGCGGAAGAGGCGGAAAGAGGCGCGGCCCAGGGUGGAGCGCUACGGGAGCAGAGCUUGGCAGGUGGAUGGGUGUGCAUGACGACUCGGACUCGGACGUUCCUCUCAGAACUCCCAGGAGGAACCUGGGCGACGGCGCGCUGUUGGGUGCCGGGGCCAUGUCUGCCGGGGGAUUGCUACCCGGCGACUUUGCAGCUGCAACGGCAGGAACGCCCUCUAAUCUUGGUAAAAUAGGUGAAGCCGCUCUGGCCGACGCCGACCCACUAGGUGUCAACCAAAACGUGACGUUUGACGAAAUAGGUGGCCUCGACGAUCACAUACAUGCGCUCAAAGAAAUGACUCUGCUGCCCCUUCUCUAUCCCGAGGUGUUCCAGCGCUUUGGGCUCACCCCUCCCCGUGGGGUACUCUUCCAUGGACCUCCAGGGACGGGUAAGACGUUACUGGCACGUGCACUCGCAGCGACUUGUAGAUCGAAUGGCAAGUGCAUAUCUUUCUUCAUGCGCAAGGGCGCAGACUGCCUCUCCAAAUGGGUCGGCGAAGCUGAACGUCAACUUCGCCUUCUCUUCGAAGAAGCUCGCACCUGCCAGCCCAGCAUUAUCUUCUUCGAUGAAAUCGACGGCCUUGCACCCGUCCGGUCCUCCAAACAAGACCAGAUCCACGCUUCGAUCGUAUCGACGCUUCUUGCGUUGAUGGAUGGGAUGGACGGACGCGGACAGGUCAUCGUCAUUGGCGCGACGAAUCGACCGGAUGCGGUCGAUCCGGCGCUGAGGAGACCAGGCAGGUUUGAUAGGGAGUUUUAUUUCCCUCUGCCAACUGUAGAAGCGCGAGAGAGGAUCUUGGGCAUUAUGACCAGGAAGUGGCAGGGAUGGGAAGGGGAGCAAGGUGCAGAAAAUGUUAAAGGGUUGGCUAGGAUGACAAAAGGAUACGGUGGAGCUGAUUUGAGGGCACUCUGCACGGAAGCAGCCUUGAACGCGAUACAGAGACGGUACCCGCAAAUAUAUCAAUCUAACGAUCGAUUGUUACUCAAACCGGAGACUAUCGGCGUAACAUUGCGAGAUUUUAUGAUUGCAAUCCCCAAACUUGUACCCUCUUCCGCACGUUCCACUUCGACCUCGGCGUCCCCACUCCCUGCACACCUCGUUCCACUUCUUGGAGACGCCCUCGACCGAGUCAAGUCUGCGAUGGAUAAAGUCCUACCGGUGUCGAAGAAGAAGCGGUCAGCGUUGGAGGAGGCUGAGUGGGAGGAUCGGAAUGGGGAAGAGGGCGCAUUGGAAAGGGAGAUGAUAAUGCAGUCGAUGGAAACGAUGCGCGUCUUUCGACCGCGUGUGGUCAUCCAUGGUCCAGCGGGGAUGGGUCAAGCCCACAUCGGUGCAGCAGCGUUGUAUCAUUUGGAAGGAUGUCAUGUCCAAACCUUGGAUUUGGGAACGUUAAUGGGAGACUCAACAAGGACACCCGAUGCAGCCGUCGUCCAGCUAUUCGUCGAGGCAAAACGACAUCCCCCUUCAGUCAUAUACAUCCCCUCCCUCUUGAGUUGGUGUACCGCCGUGCCCGAAGCAACACGUUCAACCGUACGUGCGAUGCUCGAGUCUCUUUCGCCGACCGAUCAGGUAUUACUUCUCGCCGUCGCCGAUGGGCCCUUGUCGUCGUUACCGUCAGACGUGAAGACCUGGUUCGGUAUCACACGUGGUUCUCGUAUCGCGCUCGACCCGUCUACGCCUGCAUCCCGCGAGGCUUUCUUUGCCUCCCUCAUCGCAGACAUCCGCCGUCCUCCCAACGCGUACCCUGAUGGAAUUGCACGGCGCAAACGCGUGCUGGAGGUUCUCCCGCUAGCACCACCACCGGAACCGAGACAGCCGAGUGCAGCGGAGUUGGCGGUACAGGUUGAGGCGGAUCGGAAGGUGAUGACGGUGCUCAAAUAUCGGUUGGGGCCGAUCUUGACGGAGUUGAAGAGGAAGUUCAAGAGGUUUACUAAAAGGGCUAGGGAAGAUUAUGACUUCGAUGCUGUUAUUCCGCCGACCACCACUGUUGAGAUUGUGGCCUCUUCUUCGAACGUCAUGAUUCAGGAUGUGAACGGGAUCGUCGAGGUGACGAACAACGAGAAGGUACAAGAAGUGAUGGAACCUGACACUUCAGAACCACAACCACCGCAACCGCAACUGCAGCCGCAUCCCACCGUUCAAUUCCCCAUAUUGUAUGACAUGGACCUGGAACGGAUGCACAUCGAUCUGUACAAAGACAAGUACCUCACGCCUCAAGAUUUCCUAGACGACAUCCGGAAGAUCGUACACAACGCGACUGUGUGCGUCCAUAAAGAUCCGGAUCGGUUGCAUAAAGCCCAGGCGAUGUUGACUGCGGCGGAAAUGUCUAUGUUGGAGUUCGAUCCGCAGUUUGGGGUGGAGUGUCGGAGGAUGGCUGCGCGUGAACGGAAGAGAAGGGAGGAGAGAAGGAAGGAGAGGGAGAAAGAGAAAGAGAAAGAAAGGGCAAAUGGGAAUGGUGGUGGUGCAGAGCAGAAUGGGAACGGGAAUGGGGCGUACGCUCCGGGAACGCGUAGGAGUGCACGGCAUAAUGGACAACAGCCCGAAAUUCAGAUCACGGAUCCGCUCCAGCUUGAGAGACGGUUGAAGCGUGCACGUUCGUCUGGUGAGAUGUCGGGUGGGGGGUCGCCUGAUGCGGGACCCGGAGACGACAAGGACAAGGACAAGGACAAAGUCGAGUCUGGUACCAGCCCUAGACAGCAGAAACGGGCGCGGACGGUAUCGAGCGAGGAUGACGAACAUGAUCCGAUCGAUUUCAUUAGGCCUUGUAGUAGCUCGCAGCAGCGACAAGCGCCCAGCGUGGUCAGGUUUGCGAAUGGAGGUCAACUGGUUCAGGAAGACAUGGUAUCUACUUUCGUUUCGGAUCCGCCCCCUCAACAACGUCCGGGGGUCAUCGUACAGAAUGGAGUUGGACCGGACACGAUGGUUGUCGACCAUCAUUAUCGACCCGCCGCUUUGUCAAGUCAGGACAGCUUCAACCCGUUCCUGGUCGUCGACCCGAUACUGCCUCGGCCUCAACCAGAAAAAAUGCCGACUAUGUCGAUAUCGCGUCUGCUCAAUGGAGACACGCAUGCGUCUUCCAGUAGUCGUAAUCCCACCCCUACGCCGAGUCCUAUCCCCCCACCGCAGCAGCAGCAGAGUAACGAGCUCCCACACUUCCCACCCAUACCUUCAUUGCAUUCUCCCCCACGCACACCUGUACGCCCAUCUGCCGAUCCUGCACCUUCACAUCUAAGCGCCGAGCCAAUGGUCGUGUCUCCACCGCCACGAGAACCCUCGCGCCCGCCUACCCCUCUGCCCGACUUCCACGUCGAUGGAGAGCUCCUGUCGACUUUCCAAUAUCAACUGACAUCCAAGACAGACCAGUUUUCGGUGGAGAUGCUUGAACAGCUUCGAGCGAUAUGUGUUGGUUGCGUCUGGAGACACCGUACGGAAUGGAACAGGGACGCUCUCGUUCGGGAACUUGUCGGUGUGCUGGACGAGUAUUUGGACGAUGCCACCGCUGCCGCUGGAGACGUCGGUUCGUCAUCGUCAUCGCCUGUGUAUGGCUCAUUUUAA